AUGGCAAACGCCGCAGUGCUCAACGACGACGAGGUCAUGGAGCCCACACUCCAGUCUAUUCUCGACCAGAAGACGCUGCGCUGGAUAUUUGUCGGCGGCAAAGGCGGUGUAGGCAAGACUACCACAUCUUGCUCGCUCGCCAUUCAGCUCGCCAAGCACCGCAAAUCCGUCCUCCUCAUCUCGACCGACCCCGCACACAAUCUGAGCGAUGCCUUCAACCAAAAGUUCGGCAAGGACGCGCGCCUGGUCGAGGGCUUUGACAACCUAAGCGCCAUGGAGAUCGACCCCAAUGGCAGCAUUCAGGACCUGCUGGCACAGGGUGGUGAGAGCGCAGAGGAAUCUAUGGCGGCUUUGGGAGGCAUGGGUAACAUGAUGCAGGAUCUGGCCUUCUCGAUACCUGGUGUCGAUGAAGCCAUGUCCUUUGCCGAAGUCCUCAAGCAGGUCAAAUCACUCUCCUACGAAGUCAUCAUCUUCGAUACCGCGCCCACCGGCCACACCCUCCGCUUCCUACAAUUUCCUACCGUCAUGGAGAAAGCCCUCUCCAAGAUUUCUCAGCUCUCUCGCCAGUUCGGGCCCAUGCUCAACGGCUUCCUCGGCGCCGGCGGCCGCCUACCUAACGGCCAGAACAUGGACGAGCUGAUCGAGAAGAUGGAAACCCUCCGCUCCACUAUCAGCGAGGUCAAUGAGCAAUUCAAAAAUCCGGAUAUGACCACCUUCGUGUGUGUCUGCAUCAGCGAGUUCCUCAGUUUGUACGAGACGGAGCGCAUGAUCCAGGAGCUGAACAGCUACGAGAUCGACACACAUGCCAUCGUGGUGAACCAGCUGCUGUUCCCAAAGAAGGACAACCCGUGUGAACAGUGCAAUUCAAGGCGGAAGAUGCAGAAGAAGUACUUGGAUCAGAUAGGGGAGUUGUACGAGGACUUCAAUGUCAUAAAAAUGCCGUUGCUCACCGAGGAGGUGCGGGGCAAGGACAAGCUGGAAACUUUCAGCGAGAUGCUGGUUAAGCCGUAUCAGCCGCCGGAGUAA